AUGGUUCGUGUCACCGAGGAGCUGGCGCUGUCGCCAGAACAUGUCACUCUUUACUAUGCCAGCGACCCCUUGAUGGGCCACCUGCCAGUCCUCAUCUUCCACGGUCCCUCGACGACAGCCAAUUACACGCUCAACAGCUCGCGAAUCCAGAUACACAUCUACAGCCCGGCCGGCUUCGUAUCUUUUCCGCGUAUCACUGUCUCACCCAACUCUCCUUUCUACAGCGUAGUCGCGCACUUGCCACGGGAAUUUCAGGGAGAUGAGGUCUGCCGAGGACUGGCCUUUGGGUUGUACAAGUAUUUCAGCGAGUUGCCCGAGGCGGUGAAGACAUAUUUGAAGAAUGCGUACUCGACACGCGCUCGUCGGCCAGGUUCGGCGCCGGCAAUGUUUGGAGAACAGCACGCGGCAGAUCUGGCCAAGGCUGCUGUCCAAGCAGAAAAUACGACCGAGGUGGUGGAUAUUCUAGGAGACGCGCUCCAGACGCAGCACAUCGGCUGUGUGGAUAUGGAUCUUGUUUUACCGCCUGGAUCGAUCGUGCCGCUAGGAAAUGCCGACUUGGAAGAGGUACCAGAAGAUGAAGACGAUAUUUUGGAUCCGACGUUGAGACAAUAUGGCGGAUACAACCAAAUAGUCAAAUUGUUCGGAGAGCCGGUGUUUUUGCCAACAUCGAAGCUGCGGCGCGCGCCAUCACGACCAACCUCGUUGAACCGCAGCAAGUCGUUCUCCAAGAACCAAAAGGUGGAGCUGCGCAUGAAGAUGGGCGAAUUGGUGGACACGGAGGAGCGUUAUGUUCUCAAGCUUAACGAGCUGGUCAACAACAUCGCGGUCGACUUUUACAAAAAGGCCAAGGAAAGGUCGGCAGGGAGCAUCAGUCCUUCGGAGGAGGAGGUAGAGAGGCUGUUCCCCAAGUCAGCACAGGCGAUUCUCGAGGUCAACUCGGCAUUCAUGGAAGAGCUCCGCCGAGUCAUGGACGAAAGUGAAGAGGAGGCCAUGAAAGACAUGGAGACACCAUUUCCUCUGACGCGUCUCAACAGCCCAAACAAGGCCAAGGAUCCAAGCGGUGCUCUGGCGAUGGCGAGAUUAUUUCUCGACUGGUUUCCAAAGUUCACCGAGUGCUACCAGGACUACAUCCGAGCCAGUCAAAACUUCCCCAAGCUCCUCAACAAUUUCCUCGACCAGCAGUCGAGUUUCCGGCAGAGGGUGGUGCAGACAGGUGAACAGACGAUCCGGUCGCUGCUGAUUGAACCGGUCCAGAGGCUUCCCCGGUACAACUUGUUCAUCGAUCAGAUCGUUGCCUGCCUUCCAAUAACACACCCGGCGCUGCAAGUUUUGCUGCGAGCAAGGGAUAUCAUCACAAACAUCUGCUCCAUGGACGACCCAUUACCAGACAAGCCACAUGUCACGCAUCGAUUGCGCACAAUGGUCGAGUGUUGGCCAGCAGACCUCGAGCCUCAAGGACGAUUGAUCCUGGCUGUCGACUUUGUGGAGCUGGCUGCCCCCUACAUCGAUGACGAUAUUCCCGACAGACCAGGCAUUCUGCUGCUGUUUUCGGAUUGUGUUGUCAUUCUGCAGAAGAAGGGGGAUUCUGAGAGGACAGCUCGGGACUUCUUGAAGGAGAUCGACAAGCCGUCACCUGCAGGGUUGUUGGCAGCCAUGACCAAUGCUGCUGGCGGACAGGGCUCCUGGGAGUUUGCCUUUACUGGAUGGCACAGCCUGGCCGACGUCCGCUUCACCGAGUCCAUAGAUGGGCGGCUGAUUUGGAUGACGUCGACCCAGGAAAUGAAGGGCGCCCACGCCGGCGAGUAUUUCACCAGCAAGGCCAUCACGACCAGGUGUUUUCUCCUUCGCGAGCACUACGAAGGCAAGGCCAAAAAGUGGACCGAGGACAUUGUCAAGGCCAGAAUCGAAGGAAGAUUUUCGGAAAAGGAACGGGAGGACCCUGCAUGGACCCUGCGUUCCGUCAAGAUGCAGGAUGCCCAGUUCGGCCUGCAUGCCGCAGUCUUUCAGGAGGGCGCGCAUCAACUAAUCGAGGGCCGCAGGGAGCCAGCGCCAAUACGCGUCGUACUUGACAUCGAGAAUGGCACCAAGGGCGCGCCUGUCGGCCAUUACGGUGUGGAGAUUGUGACCGAGGUCCGAUGCGGCGACAUGAAGAGGAUAUCGAUGAACACCAUUGGCCUCAAUGGCAAAAGGUUUACCGACGACAUUGCUCUGGAGGACUUCCUCCCGACCCUGUCCCGAAGAAUUGUCCAGUUGCUGAGCUCGCAAUUCAGUGUAGCCAACCCCAGGCUUGUCCCCGCAUUGGUGUCAUAUUACACCAAGGUAAUACGGGCCAUCAACAUGGCACCGAAGGUGGAGAAGGCCAGUUCGAGAUCAUUCCUCUCGUCAUCGCCGGUCAAGAUGCUCUCCAGCUUCCUGUCUGGAAACAGCAGCGCGUCAUCCAACGGUACCGAUUCGACACCAGUCAAUGGGUCGAAGCACAGAAGGACCAACUCUGCCAGGAUGCGGUCCGAAAGAGAGAAGGAGCGGGAAAGGGAACGAGAAAGAGAACGUGACAGAGAACCUACUGUACUGAACUCGUCUGUAUCAUCCAGAGAGCAGGGCAUUCCUCGUAUCACCAUGGAGGAGGAGCGGCCGGAAAACCCUCUUGUGCGCCUGGAGCAAACAUUUACAGGAUAUGUGGCCAACAUGCAGGCUCGGAAGGGCUACUUCAUCGGCCGCACGUUGCUUAACAGAUCAAUGGCUGAUGAGCUCGCUAUCAACGACCUCUACAACCGAUUGAUCGAAUUUCCCUUUGACCUCGAAGCCGCCCAAGAGCUUGGCACCGAGGUGAUCUUUUGCGCAUUCGAAAAGUUUGUCCGCAUCGCCUGGCGCGAGCAGAUUGGGCCUAUCAUGACCAUGCAGGCGCUUGAAGCUCUGCAGAUCCGUGCCUCCAAGAAAGUUGUGGGGGAUUUCGCAGAUUUUGUUAGGUUUAUUUUCAGCGACAUGGCCCCUCAAAACCGACGAGCAUUCACCGCUUUGAUCAAGCUUCUGGCUGAUCUCUUGGAUGGCUGCUCCAAUGACGGUGACAGAGGCGCCUUGACGCUUGCUUUUGCCGAACUGUUGGUUGACGACGACACCGCACCAAACUAUAUCAACCUCCUUGAUAGAAUGGUGGAGGAUGUCGAUCGCAUCUUUGAGGAGAACCACUUGAGUGUCACCAUGCAGAUGUUGAUGAACAACAGAUCUUUCGAGUCGCUGCACGCAACCGGCCGGAGCCACAAGUCUCAGUCGGGGUCUGUGACAUCCAACACGUCGUCGCUGCGCAGGAAGUUUGGUUUCGACACACUGCUGCGCCAAAACAGCAAGAAUGAUGAGCGGCCUUCGGUGUGGAGGACGUUGAGCAAGCACGCCAGCAAGGCCCCUGUGCCCGGUGAGAGUGCCAGUCUUGGCAAAAACAGCAGGUCAAAGUCCAUUGACAUGAGCCUGAACUUCCCUACUCAGGGCAGGCUCCGGAGGCCAGCAUCUAGGGACAGGCCACCUAUUGCCGGGGCAUUCGAUGACAUUGAGCACCGGCCGGGUAGCUCUAACCGGUAUCUCGAGACCAUUGGUGAACCGCACGACGAGCCGACCGAGACAAAACUGGUCAAAAAGAAGCGCCGUAGCUCGCUCUCGGACCUCAAAACUCUUUUGGCUGCCGCCAACAUCGAUGAUCCAGAAGAACAACUUAUGCCUCUUCGUGUCAGCAGGCAGCAGACCGCCGAAAAGUUCAACUCCACACCCCGUCCUCAGUCAAUGGUUUUUUCGAGAGUCUCCACCUCCCCCACCAAAGCCUCACCGUCCAGGAUACCCAUCAGUCCACAGCCACCAUCCAGCAGCACAAGCACUUUCCGCUCCUCCCGACAAAAGGAGAACGAUCCCAUUCUCCACCACGAUAUAAAAACCCCAUCAGAAAAAGAAGGGGACGGGUCAGAGGAAGACUCAGGGAAGACGAGCUACGACAGAGCGCGUGCUAGAACCAUCGCCAUUUCGCAGAUCCCUACCCUGAAGCCCAAUUCGAGGAUCCCAGGGGCGACAAUUUUUCCUCCGCCGCUCGAGUCACCCGCCAAUGUCAGACCCGGCACUGGGACGAGCAGCAUUCCCCGCACGCCGAGCACACCAGGCCAAAGACUCCGUCUGCAAUCCCCGCAGAAGCUCCGCGAGAGAUUGCAAACAGAAAAGAAAGCCAUCGACGAAGUCGACGCUUCGCUUAAGUCGGAACUCUCCCGCAUAGAAGAGGACAUGGCGCGCCUAGGGGGGUCGUCGCUGCCCCGCUCAUCUACUCUUGACUUUCGAAAGUUGACGCUUGCGGUCAAGACUCUGGAGGAGAAGGUCCCUCUGGCGCUGAUAGAAUUGGAGCAGAGGAAGCAGCAGCUGGAGAAGGACUUGGAGGACACGCUGAGGGGGAUGGAGAUGAAGGUCAAGGCGAUUGAUCAGUUGUAUAAGGAGGCAACGGCGGAGAAUGAGCUGCUGUAUGAAAAGUUUAAUGGGGAGUUGGGGAAGAUUGUAAAGGCGAUCAAGGGGAAGGGGCAGGAGGGGAAGGAGGAGCUGGUGGGAAGAUUGAGGGAGCAGGGGGAGGAGAUGGGGAGGGUGAAGAGGGAGAAUGCGAGGUUGAAGAGGGAGGUGGUUAGUUUGAGGGGGGUGUUGAAGGGGAGUGUGAGGGAGGGGCAUCAGGGGGGGGAUACUUAA